AUGGGCGCCUGCUUUUUGUUACACCAAUGGACCCCUUAUUUCUGGUACUCUACUACCUCAUAAAGGCAGACAAGGAGCAGCAAGGAAAGUUCCAGCCACUCGAUCAAGUUGUGCUAGACUCAGAGUACCCUAGCUGCCCAUUGCUACUGAAGUGUGCAGAUGUUAAACAGUACAUACAUCAUGUAACAGAAGAAAAAGAGAUUGGCAGUCAGAAAUUCCACAGAUACAGCCAAGAGAAGACACUGAAGUGGUUAAAGAAAAAGGUCAAUCAAACAGUGAAAGCACUUAAAAGCAACAAUAUAUCUGUAGGUGAAAGGGUACAUGCAGCUACAUUUAUCAGCGGUAAACCGAUCACAGAUACUGAAGAAGACUAUGUACGGUAUGCCCAUGGAUUAAUAUCAGAAUAUAUUCCUGAAGAUCUGAGUAAGGAGUUGUUAAAAUACUUAGGGCUCCCAGAACUUAAAAGCCUGGCACCAGAGCCACCAUUGAAGAAAAGGAAACUAUCAGAUGUCCCUGUGGAGGCAGAAGAAGACUAUACUAAGUUUAACAGCAGCAAUCUGAAAACCAAAAAGGCAAACAGCAAGAUGUCUGCAGCACAGAAGGCUCUGGCCAAAGUUGAUAAGAGUGGAAUGAAAUCCAUUUCUACUUUCUUCAGCUCCAAACCUAAAGCAUCAAAAUAAAGACUUGUUCUUGAAAGAGCUUUAUACAGUGGUUAUUUUUAUGUUAAGCUAAAGUUGUCUCCUGGGUUGGGUUUUUUUUUUGUUACUAUAGUAUAUGCAAGGCAUGUCUGUGUACGUGGUGGAGUGCGAUGAAGAGAUCUGUG